AUGGUCAGCUUCCAAUUGCACAACACCAGCAGGGUGGUAGUACCGUACGAAAUUAGACUACCACGGGAACUGUUCAAACACGCGGAGCUCAGUCAUUCGAAAGGAUACCUCAGAGCUGGGUCUUCGCUGGAAAUUUUCAUUCGGCUGCGUUUUAAGUACGAAAUCUUGCUCCCAGGCGAAUGCAAAUUAUAUUUUGACGCAAAAAGCGGUGUUCUGAAUUUCCCGGUUCGAGUUUAUCCGUCAAACAGUCAAAAAUUUCACGAGGUACGCGUUUUGGCGGUGGUGACCACGCCAUUCGGCCUGAAACUAACACCCGACACGUUAGAUUUCGGUACGGUCAACACGACGGAAACCGUCGUUCGGAGUGUCAUGUUAUCCAACCAUUCUAGAACCAAAAUGGAUUACGGAUUCUUGAAACUACCAGAAAGAGUUUCAGUACGUCCGAAUGCAUUUGGUACUAUAUUUUCUGGCGAGCAAAUUCGUUUACACUUGCAUUAUAGCCCCAGUGCCAGUGACUUGCCACAAAAUGUCCAUGCGUACAACGAUGAUUUCGUAUUGACAUGCAAUACAGUUACCGGCGUAAAUGCAGAAAUAUGUCCUUUUCAAAACGAUGCAAUCGCACAAAUUGAUGAAACAAUUAAUGAAACAAUAGAUGAACAAAUAUCAAGUACAGUUAUUAUAGAUCAAAAGCCAGCAGUCAGCGAAAAACAAAUAAAAGAAUUAGAUCACGGAGCAGAUAAGAUUCACUUUUCUGCAAUAUUAAAAGACGAAGUUGAAGUAUGUUUUUUCGACGAUAGAAAUGCUAUCCUUAAAGAGGCUACUUUAAGAUGCCAUGCAAAAAUUCAUGAUGUACCUGUAGAACUUUCCGUCCAAAAAAUUAUAUUUGGAAAAACUCAUUUCAUGUCUUAUUCGGUAUUCAAAAUUGAUUUGAGAGCAUCGAAUUUGGCAUAUAUAACCGAGCGCAAUAUCAAUUCAUUUCCGGAUUUCAAAAUUAGAUUUGAGUUUAUCUCCAAUGAUUCUGCGGUAGAAUUUAAACCAAGGAACGGAAUACUACAUUCAAAUGAAGUGAUUACUAUUAAUGUGUUAUUUCGACCAAAACUUGAUGAUGAGGUCCAAAGUGUUUAUGAAGAAUGUCUGAAUUCUGAAGUAAUAAAAUUCAAGGUCGAUCAAAUUUUAAUGGAUACAAAUUCUUUCAUAAAUAAAGUUUACUCGAAUAAACCGUUUUUUCAUGAGCAACUAAAAGUAUUCGAAACCAACAAAACAUUUUAUUCUUUGAUGUUUGAUACAAUGAAAAUCAUUUCUGCUGCGUGUUUUAUACAAUUCACAAAUCAAAAAUCAAAAGAAUAUUUUGGAUUCUGCACGGAAUCGUUGAAGCUGAGUCUCGUGUGUCAGACAACAAAACCGAACAUAAUCUUGUUUAGCGAUCGAAUAGAUUUUGGCAAACGGACCAUAGACGUUCGUCACGACGAAUGGCUGUUUGUAUGUAACCCAACAACACGUCCUGUGCCGUUGAAAGUUUCGCUGCCAAACCCUGUCGGACCAUUUUUCUGCGCAUUUGCUCUGAACGGUGAACAGUUAUUAUAUCCCAAUCACACAUUGCCGAUCAACGUUUCAUUCAUACCCGAACACGAGGCGACGGUAAAUGAAAUGUUAGAGUUGAGUUCUGAAGCGAUGCGGCUACAUGUCGUGGUAUCCGGUAGUGGUCUCGGACCGUCGUGUACGAUCACGCCCGAUGACAUGUUCAACGUCAUACAAACUACGCACAAACACGCGAAAAAAGCGCUUAUUUUCCGAGUAACGAACACCAGUGGGGCGAAUGUCCGAUUCAACGUGCAAAUAGAAUGGAUGAGGGAGCGGUUGGAGCCAAUGACCAACGACGAGACGUACGAGUUCGUCGAAAAGCUCCGUUUGGCGGAGCGGGCAGACCCGAAGCAGCGUGUGGCGAUGGCAUCGCAGUUCGAAGGAAAUGAAUGGACCGUAGAACCCGCUAAAGAAAGUGCGUUUGACUUAGGAAACAGUGGUAGGCCACUGUGGUUUCGUUUAGACCCGAAAGGGUCACGUUACAUUCAGGUGACUUUAACGCUUCCUCGGCGCAACCGACAACCAGACGAAGACGGCGACGGCGACGGUGACGAUGAAGAGUCGUUAGAGUCUCCUGGCGGAGCGGAAGAGGAAGCGUUAAAAUCGCCCAACUACGGUUAUGGGACGGAGUCAGCCAAACCUGGUCGAACGGCCACCGCCUUGAUUGUUUCCAAGCGUCGCGUCCACGUAGCAAAGUUCAACGUGCACGUAGGCCAUUCGGUGCUGCGACAGUUCUACGUCUUUGGUUUUGUAGACGUGGAUGAAACUGACUCUUAG